AUGGAAGCAAUAAAAUCAAUCAAAUCGAAAAGCGAUCAACAUCUCCACAACAUAGUAUCUUCACGUUCACAAGUUCGAGCAAUAGACCCACAGCAUAAUCUCGGAGAUGUUGAUCUUUUACAUCAGAUUGGAUACAAACAGGAGUUGAGACGUCACUAUUCAACACUUCAGGUGUUUGGUAUCGCCUUCUCGAUUAUGGGUCUCCUCCCAAGUAUCGCAUCAGUUUUAGCACAAGGGUUGGAAGCAGGACCCGCUGGUCUUGUUUGGGGCUGGUUCAUUGCUAGUCUUUUCAUUUUCAGUGUUGGGAUGUCGAUGAGCUUUUUGGGCAGUGCUAUACCAACCAGUGGUGGAUUGUACUACUACACGAACUACUAUUGUCCUGACAGCUUUAGAGUUCCAUUUAGUUUCCUAAUUGGCUGUUCAAACUCACUCGGGUUGAUAGGAGGUUUGUGUAGUAUUAGCUACGGUUUCGCAACCGAAGUUUUGUCAGCGGUAUCGAUUUCCAAAGAUGGUGACUUUGACAUAACCAACGGGAAAGCAUAUGGUGUGUUUGCCGCCUGUGUGAUUACCAAUGUGGUUGUCGCUUGUUUGGCCACAAAGCAUGCCGCCUCGUUGCAAACUGCGUCUAUUGUCGUCAACGUGUUUCUUGUGUUGUUGUUUCUUAUUGCAGUUCCAGCUGGGUUUGGGUCCGGGUUCAACUCGCGGGGGUUCAUUUUUGGCAAUUUUGAAAAUGCGAGAGAUUGGGGUGUCGGUUGGAGUUUUUUCAUCUCGUUGCAGCCUGCUGUUUGGGUUAUUGGAUCGUUCGACUCAGUCAUUCACUGUUCUGAAGAGGCAAUGAAUGCGCAACGGUCUAUUCCUGUUGGGAUUUUGGGGUCUAUUGCCGCUUGUUGGUUCCUUGGCUGGUUUGUGGUGAUUGUUUGUGCAGCAUGUAUCAAAGAUGGCGAUGUGGCUAGGGUAUUGAGUACUCCCACUGGGUCCCCCAUCGCACAAAUCAUCUAUGACGCAUUGGGAAAGAGAUGGGCAGUGGCUUUCAUGUCGCUAAUUUCUGUUGGGCAGUACCUUAUGGCUGUUUCUAUAACCAUUGCAUUGUCGAGACAAAUUUGGUCGUUUGCUAGAGAUGACGGGUUGCCCAUUGUGUAUCAAUACGUCAAGUACGUUGACCCCAGGAUCAAGAUUCCAAUCAGGGCAUCAGUAUUUGCCGGUAUUUUGGCAUUGGUAUUGGGAUUGCUUGUUUUAAUUAAUGGUACUGCUGGUUCGGGAGCACUUUUCUCAUUGGGUAUUUGUUCCAAUAGUCUUGCGUGGGGUGCCCCCAUAGUGCUCAUAUUGUUGCCAUAUGGAAGAAAGAGGUUCAUCCCAGGACCUUUCUACUUUGGCAAAUGGAUAAGCACAACAAUUUGUGUAGUGGCAAGCUGCUGGUUAAGCUUCAUUAUUGUGUUGACAAUGUUCCCCGAUUCCAAGAAGGUUGACAAGGAUUCGAUGAACUACACGGUGGUGAUCAAUGUUGGAGUGUGGAUUUUGUCAUUGGUGUAUUACUUUACGUGGGGUUACAGAGUGUAUUCCGGACCAAAGAGCAAUCUCGAUCAACUGGAGACUGAAUAUUUGGAAGGAGCUAGUAUGCCAGCUAUGGAUGAAGUAUUGCUGGAGAAGGUAUAG